AUGGUGUCUUCGGGGCUCACGAUUCCCUUUUCAUUUGAACAAGGCGUUGAAGUCGAUGAAUUGGAGCGAUUUGCUUUCUGGGACUCUCCCGACGUGGUCAAAUGGUUCAAGGAUCACGGUUAUACCCUAUACAAGCGCAGCGUUUACAGCGGCGAAGAAUUAGCCACGUUUCCCAUCUUCCCACCAGACCCUCAAAGUGGACCUGUUGAAGCCGAUUUCCCAUAUGCUCACCAUGAUAUGGAUACGACGGAUCUUCCAGAGGUAUACCAAACAGACCCACCUCUAUCUGGUGUUGAUACAUCUGGAAAAAUUCUAUAUGCUCAGGACUCCCUGAAACGACAUGUUGUAAUCAAGCUUGUGCCAGACAACACAGACGAGUAUCGAGUACUGCGGUUUUUGAGCGAGCAAAGUAUGGAUACGUUGAAGGAGAACUGUGUUAUUCCUGUACUGGAUCUCCUACCAAUAGAGGGGUUCUGGCUCGCGGUGAUGCCAAGAUGGGGCAUUGGUAUUUAUCAGCCAAAUCCACGGUAUGUGUAUGAGAUUGUCGAUAUCAUUUAUUCGAGACUCAAGAGUCUAGCCUAUCUCCAUGAUAAUAACAUCUCGCAUGGGGACAUUAGGGAUGCGAACGUUGUAGUGAACCAUUUUGCAGAUUCACGAUUACCACCGAGAGGGUACCAUCGGCGUAGUAAACUGCGCACCGAAAGGCGCCUGUUGUACGCCCUCAUUGACUUUGACUUUUCAGUCAUGCUGGCACCAGACGCUGAUAGGACUAAAUUUCGAUUGCCUUACCAACGAUUUUUGGGUACAAACAACGUAAGUAAUGACACGGCUGCUGGGGAACACGAUUAUAGCCCAUUCGUUGGUGAUGUGGGGGCUUUGGGUGUUUCAUUGUGUUUUGAAUAUCAGUGUCGCACAAAGUAUCUUCCUGUCUUAGCACCUCUGCUAGAUAUGAUGACAACCUGGGAUCUUAAACGACGGUUUACUGCGGCUGAAGCUUUGAAAUUCUUUGAGCAAAGCCUUUCCGAGAUGACGCAGAAGGAGCUAGAAGUUGAAAUUUCCGGAAGCAUCCAUUACGAAAAUUACUCGACUUAUAACAGGUGGCGACAGAUGCCUCCGGCCUUGAUGGAAAAGUGGAAGGUGUAUAGGACGCCGCCCAUUCCCUGGCAUCUGAAAACCCUUCGUGCCAUAUACGGACACUCAGCACAAUAUAAUCUCCACAUCAUACCUCAGACCCGGCGAUUUGUUGCGGGCGUUAUGUCCAUGGUGUUCAAACUUUACUGCAAGCUUCAAUUUCGGUCGUAA